AUCCAAUGGACCGUGCCCAACGUGGCGAGGGCUGGUGUUCCCCCUCCUCAUGCCCGAUGGGGCGGCCUCUCUGUCCCCCUGUGAGCCCAGCCGGCUGUGGGACCGCAGUUCUGGCGCUGCCCACCCAUCCUGGCCUCUUCCACAGAGCAGCGAGAGCGGAGGAGACCCUCCCGGCUCAAGCCCACCGUCCGUGGCAGCCCCGGGAGACGCCGCCCCAGUGGGAGGCCGACUCUCGGGGGCCCCUCUCCGGGACAAUCUGAACAACCUCAACCUUCCAUCCACCUUUGGACUGCCCCCCAAGAGGACUCCCCACCUGGGCAGCCCGGCCGAGGGGGAGGGCGAGAAACUGCUGGGGGAGCCGGGCACGGCCGCCGACCCCCCCGAGAGAUUGGCGUGUCCAGACUGCGGCAAGGCCUACCACACCGUCACGGGCCUGGCACGGCACCGGCAGCUGCGUUGCAAGCUGCAGUCGGCGGGCAGGAAAUACUUCAACUGCAAGUACUGCGAGAAGGAGUACGCCAGCCUGGGGGCCCUCAAGAUGCACAUCCGCACCCACACGCUGCCUUGCGUCUGCAGGAUCUGCAGCAAGGCCUUCUCCCGACCCUGGCUGCUCCAGGGGCACAUCCGGACCCACACAGGCGAGAAGCCCUACGCCUGCUCCCACUGCAGCCGAGCUUUUGCGGACCGCUCCAACCUCCGCGCCCACCUGCAGACUCAUUCGGACAUCAAGAAGUACCAGUGCCACACCUGCUCCAAGACCUUUUCCCGCAUGUCCCUGCUGCUGCGGCACGAGGAGGCCGGAUGCUGCCCUGCCACCUGACCUGGCUCCGAGUUGAGUCUAGCCGGAAGAUGGGCCAACCAGGACACGAUGGAGAAGAUCUGCCGUGCAGAAGCUGGAGUGGCCUUGCGACGUUCAGACUCUGCCGCAGAUUGCUCUGUGGAAUGCAGGGGGGGGCAGCUCUCAGUCAGGGGACAGGCAGGCGUGGGCUGCCCCGUGCAAGGAAGCUACUCCAGAGGCUGGUUUUGUAUCCUUUGCACCAAGUUCUGCAGCAGAAUAAUCUGCUGUUCUGGAAGCACUUAGUUGCUCCGUCCAGAGAGCGCACCUGGCAGGCUGUUUGCCUGCUGGUUCACCGGGGCAGCAGAGGGCCUCCUUCUUGCCCACAAGGCACUUUCCAGCCGCUCCGUUAGGAGAUUUCCAUUUCCCGGUUCUGAUACAAUUGUAUGUAUGGCAACGUGGCUUUCCUACAUUCUUGCGGUUCUGUCCCCCUGCCCACCGACAAUUUCUUUGU